CUCUUUAUAGAAAAUAUAUAAUAUAUUUCUAAUCUUGAAAUCGAAAUAUUGUAAUGUUUACUCGGAAAGAUCUAUUAUUAAAGCGUACUCCGAAAGACGGUGUUGACCGCAAAAUAUAUUUAGCAUUGCUACGUGACGAAUUCUAUGAAAGUAAAUCUCUGAGUGCCAAAGAACAAGUAUUGGCAAAUCUAGCAAAUUUUGCAUAUGAUCCAGUUAAUUAUGAAUACAUUCGAGAAGUUUGUAUAAUCGACGUAUUUCUUGAAAACCUUCAAGGAAAUAAUAGUACUUUAUCAAGAUAUUCUCUUGCCGGAAUUUGCAACUUAUGCUUAGAUCCUGAUAAUCGUGACUACAUAGUUUAUAAUGAUGGUAUAGCAAAAAUCGUCAAGUACUUGGUCAAUUCCAAUGUUGAGAUGGUUGCUGAUGCCAUAACCACCUUGCAGUUUCUAAUAACACCAGAAACCAGAGACAAAAUUUGUAAUACUGAAAUCAUUAAUAAAAUUCUUAAGAUUCAAAGAAGUGACGACGCUCGUUUAAGAAAUCUGGCAACCAUAUUUUUAGAAGAUCAUUGCCAACGAGAGCAAGUUGAAAUUUGUAAAACUGUGUAUGAACAUUUUUUAAUACAAGUAGAUAAAAUAUAAAGUAGUGUUUAAGAAUGCA